AUGCUCGGCGCGCUCGACUGCGGAGCCGACACGCGCGCCUGCCUCCGGCCGGAUCUUCACCAGUACCACGCCGACAUUCACGGGCGCAUCGCGUCCCUGGCGGAUUGUGGGACGCACGCUACGACAAGCAUGGGGCACGAGUAUGUCCUCGCUGUGACCUGCGUCCAGCACAUCGUCAGUGCACUGGAGCAGGACCAAGGCAGCACCUCGCCGCCGCCUGGCGUCGUUGAUUGCCUUGCGGUCGUGGCAAGAAGGCCGCUUCGCCCUGGCGAGCUCAUGUGCCCCACGAGUCUGGAGCAGCGCUUGAGGCCGCCCACCGGCUACGACUUGGUCGCGAGAUCCGCCGCUCUCAUCGAACGCCACCACACUCUGGGCGAACCCGGCUGGCGAAAGUCACUCUUCAUCAUUUGCCUGACCAUGCUCGGCGUGUUCGAAAGCAUGCAGCGACUGUCUGAUGCCGAAGCGUGGGCCGCGGAUGACGACGACGAUGACCAGGACCCCUUCACCCUUCGAGACCGGUUAAAGGACGAGGGCUCACAGGCGUUCGCGGCCGUGGCUCGCUUGUUGGGUUUGUCGUGGUGCGACAGCAACGAGGACGGCGAGGAUGGCGCCACCAACAACGACAAGAUGUCCUGGCCUCGGGCGUGCAUCAACAAGUUCCUGGCUAGUGGUGACCCCACGGCAUCCGUGUUACAGUGUCGUUUGUCGGCGACAAAGUGGUUUCAAUUUCGCUCGGAGACGCUCGCCACUCUCCCUUGA